AAUAAAAUGGCUACGGAGUCAUGAAUGAGAGCAGAGGUUUUGCUCCGUUAUAUUGGCAAUCUAUUUUCAUGUGUGGAACACAAAUAUGUUCCAUAGUAGGAAAGGCCACACAGAUAUCAAAAAGAACACUCAAAAAUUUCUAGAUCAUAAGAAAGAAACAACUGGCAGGCUGAAAGCCCUUCGACUUCUGCUAGAUGUUUUCGAUAAUGCAGAGUCAAAAGUAUUUCUAGAAGGCCAUUACUGCGAGAUCUAUUAUGUUUUCAAUGAUGUGUUUUCCAUUGUCGAGGCAAAUCUCAGGCAGAAAGGUCACAAAUCAGAUCUUGACGCCGUUUUAUAUAUCCUAGAGAAAAUACUUUUGCUUCUUCCUGAACUCAUACAGAGAAGAUGGCAGUUUCACAGCAUUGGUCGUAUAAUGCURAAGCUACUGCAUCAUGGSAACACAGUAAAGUUGAGAAGAGAAGGUGUCAGGCUGUUUCUCUUGUGGUUUCAAUGUCUGCAAGGCAACUCAGAUGAGUUUUCUCAACUAAUGUAUGCCAGCAUCAUCCCAGGAUUUCCAAACCCUGUUGACUCAAUAAACUGGGAAAAAUCAACCUUGUCAAAGUCAGAGGCAGAGGAUAUUGUGUAUGUGAUACGUGGACCAGAAACAGAGGACCAGAUAUCACAUGCGUCACAGAGUACAUUUCAUCUUGCUGAUAAGAAUAGUGAUGACUGGUGCAGUAGAGAAGAAAUCCAGCCUAUUUUUCCACUUGCGACCAAUGAAAGGUCACCUUCUGUUGACAAAUUAACCAAGUUCUUCCUUGACAAAGUGCUGGAGUCCAUGAGCACUGGUAUUGUUCAGACUCAAUGGACAGAUAAGAGGUGCUAUGAACUGUCUUUCGCAUUCAUAUUCAACAGUUUUAAGAAGUAUUACUUGCCAUAUAUAUUCUCUGAUUGGAAACCAGAACCAACUUUAUAUGAAGCCAAGCCAGGUUUGUGAAU